AGUCAGGAUAUGGCUACACAGACGUGGAGUUCAGACUACCAGCAAUAAGCAAAAAUGUGCAUCGAUAACAUGUAAUGCAGGAUGGUAUGGAUUACCACUGGAGCUCGUGGACUUAUUGUUAUUUGACACCGGAGGCACGGAGAUGUGAUACGUUUUAAAAUAACGAUAUGACUUGUUUUUACCUUAGUGUAGACAGCGAUAGCUCGUUCAUCGAUCAACUCUAAGGGGCAACGUCAGAUUAGCUAGAAACGUGAUUUGAUCUAUCAGAAACACACCCGGCUAAAAUGCCUGGAAACAUGUCACCAGUGCCGGUCCUCCCGCUGGUGAUCAACUGUUUCUUGUCUGCACUCGGCUGUAUGGCAACAUUGAAACUCAUUCCUGCUUUCAAAGACCACUUCAUCUCAGCCAGACUGUACGGAAUCGACCUAAACAAAACAUCCAAAAAGGAAGUCCCAGAGUCCCAGGGAGUCAUCAGUGGAACAGUCUUCCUCAUCAUCCUCUUCUGCUUCAUCCCGGUGCCUUUCCUUAGCUGCUUUGUAGGAGAUCAGUGCAAAGGCUUCCCACACGAUGAGUUUGUACAGCUGAUUGGUGCACUUCUGGCCAUCUGUUGCAUGAUCUUCCUGGGCUUUGCUGAUGACGUGCUGAACCUGCGGUGGAGACACAAGCUUCUGCUUCCCACCCUGGCUUCCCUGCCGCUGCUCAUGGUGUAUUUUACCAACUUCGGCAACACGGUCAUCGUGGUGCCCAAGCCCUUCAGAGCCCUGCUUGGGCUGCAUUUGGAUAUGGGUAUUCUCUACUAUGUCUACAUGGGAAUGCUUGCGGUUUUCUGCACAAAUGCCAUCAACAUCCUAGCAGGCAUCAAUGGCAUCGAGUCAGGUCAAGCCCUGUUUAUCUCCGGCUCCAUCAUCGUCUUCAACCUGCUGGAGCUCAGCGGAGAUUACCAGGAUGACCACAUUUUCUCCCUCUACUUCAUGAUACCAUUCUUCUUCACCACAUUAGCACUUUUCUACCACAACUGGUACCCUUCAUCUGUGUUUGUGGGAGACACGUUCUGCUACUUUGCUGGGAUGACGUUUGCUGUAGUCGGCAUCCUGGGACACUUCAGCAAAACAAUGCUGCUGUUCUUCAUUCCUCAAGUGGUUAACUUUGUCUACUCCCUGCCUCAACUUUUUCAUGUCAUACCCUGUCCCAGACACCGGCUGCCAAGGCUGAAUCCAGACACAGGCAAAUUGGGGAUGAGCUACUCUAAAUUCAAAAGAAAGGACCUCUCUAAAUUAGGACACCUCAUUAUGAAGGUGGCAGAGUUAUUAAAGCUGCUAGAGGUGCGAAGAGGCCAGGAGGCAGAUGAUGAUUUUAUUGAGUGCAACAACAUGACGUUAAUAAAUCUGGUCCUGAAAUUACUCGGUCCCACCCAUGAGAGAAACCUCACAGUCAUCAUGCUCAUCAUACAGGUGAUGGGCAGUGUAUUGGCUUUUGGGAUCCGUUAUCAUUUGGUGCGUCUCUUCUACGACGUCUAGACAUCCACUCUGGGAAAGACGACAGAGCAUUGACUGAGAAGAUAUGAUGUUAUUUUAUGGAACUAUUUUACUGGCUUGUGCUUCAUCUGCCUUUUGAUAGGAUCCAUUACCUCACUGUUACUUUUCUGCCUCAGACUCUACAUGCAGUAUAGACCCAGUGCAAGGUUCAAAGCUAUAUUUCACAUCGUACAACAUUUUCACAUACAGUGUACAAACAUAAACAGUAGUACAGUGUGUUUUUAUCCUGCAAUUCAGUAAUUACAAGGAGGAAAAAGUAACUAGGUCUUAAUGAUCUUGUGUGUCCAACCUGAAAGUAUAUUUUUGUACUUGUUUUAUAAAGGUGGGAUGACUUUCGAUUUUCAGGUUAGCCAACAUCAAUGGUUGACGCCACUAAAUUGUUACGAUUUGAUAACAGCUUAUUGGAUGUAGAAGUGCCCUAAAAUAUAUGAAAUGUUCACACUGUGAUCCAUUACUUGACCCGUUGUUGAAGCAAACAUGACUUAGGGAAAAUGUGCCCACUCACACUUCAUUUACCAUGACUAUCAAUCCAUGCAACAUGAGUAAUAUUAAUUAAUAAGUUAAUAUAUAAUUAUUUUCUUUUCUUUUUUUACCUCUGAACAAACGCACACACAAUGUUCAUUGUGAAUAAAAGCAGUGAAGAGAUUAGGCUAUAAUCAGUCUGAAGACCAAGAAUAAGGGGGAGACAGGUAAACAGAGGGGACAUUAGAAAAGUAGUUGUUUCUACCUUUCUUGGUAAUAUAACUGUAUUUUUAAGACAGAUAUUUUCCCCCAGAGGGUUCAGCGGACAGCAAUGUGAAGUAAACUGGCACUGGACUACUUUGCUUAGGAAUGUAAGUACAAGUGAGAAACUGUUUAAUGUGGAGAUGGAAGCCUGAAAUUGAGAAAUUAAAGCUGAGAAAAUGAAAAUAUAAGAUUUUGCCAUCCUUAUUAUUGCUGGUUUAAGAAGUGUUCAGUUUCUUAAUUAGAACGAGCAAGAUGAAAAUGUAUAAAUACUUGACUACAAGUAAAAGUUCUGCAUUCACAGAAAUGCCAAAGAUCAACAGUGGACAUCUUAUUCAUGAUUCUUAAAAAGGAAUGCUAUACUUAUUGUUCAUCUUAUGCUUUGUGUUAAUAAAAAAAUCUGAUAUUUUCAUCAGACCUUUUAGAUGCCUAAAAAAAUUCAGCAUUAAGCAGACUCUCCUUUUUUUUUUUUUUUUAUAGUGUUAGGUGUUUCAACCUCUAACACUGCAUAAACUGUUUUGUAUGUAAAAAUCUUAAUCUGUAAAUUGUAAAUAUAAAUGUCAAAUAAAUGUAGCGGCCUAAAAUGUACCAUAU